UAUGCUCCGACCGUCCCCCAUGUGUUGGUAAGGAAGGAUGAUGAUUAAAGUACAGUUAACCGAGUGGCCAUCUCUACAGCAGAUUAGCGGCAAGCCUCCGCGGCCUCCAUGUCUGCAUUAUAUGGCAUUACACUUGUGUUGCACUUAAUCGCGGCGGGCGAUUAUAUGCAUUUAUUUUCCUCUCCACUGAAGGCUGAACAAUGGAGAAGCCGUCAGCAGAAAUUUCUGGCGACCCUCCUAUUUUUCCAUGCACUCGAUCAUUGUUUAUGAUGCUGUUGUUGUGUAGGAGGGCAGGGACGGGCCUGAUCUCGGCGAAAUUCUGCUAGAAAACACUCAGAACUCAACGUGCUGUGAGCGGCCUCGCAUCCUUCUAGAUCCGAGCAGCUGAUGUUGGCAUUGCUGCCGUCCUCCCGGCAAACAUGGUCAAAUUCCCAGCGCUCACGCACUACUGGCCUCUCAUCCGAUUCCUCGUGCCGUUGGCAAUAACCAACAUUGCCAUCGACCUCGGCGAACAGGCUUUGAACAGGGGAAUAGCAGCAGUCAAAGAGGAUGCAGUGGAAAUGCUGGCCAGUUAUGGCUUGGCCUACUCCCUCAUGAAGUUCUUUACAGGUCCUAUGAGCGACUUCAAGAAUGUAGGGCUGGUGUUUGUCAACAGCAAACGGGACAGAACCAAGGCGGUCCUCUGCAUGGUCGCAGCAGGAACUGUGGCAAUCAUUUUCCACACCCUCAUUGCCUACACUGAUCUGGGUUAUUACAUCAUUAACAAACUGCAUCAUGUGGAUGACUCUGUGGGGAGUAAAACCCGGAAGGCAUUUCUCUAUCUUGCUGCUUUUCCUCUGCUUGAUGCCAUGGCCUGGACUCAUGCUGGAAUCCUUCUGAAGCACAAGCACAGUUUCCUGGUGGGAUGUGCCUCUAUUUCUGACGUCAUUGCACAGGUUGUGUUUGUGUCUAUUUUGCUGCACAGUCAUCUUGAGUGUGUGGAGCCCAUGUUGAUCCCAAUUCUUUCUCUGUAUAUGGGGGCCUUGGUACGUUUUACUAUUGUUGGUUUGGGGUACUACAGGAAUGUUCAUGACAACAUCCCAGAGUCCAGUGGACCUGAGGUUGGGGGUGAUGCUACUAUUAAAAAGAUGCUGAGCUUUUGGUGGCCAUUGGCUCUCAUCCUGGCUACGCAGCGGAUUAGCAGACCAAUUGUCAACCUGUUUGUAUCAAGAGAUCUGAAAGGAAGCACAGCUGCCACUGAGGCUGUCGCUGUUCUUACAGCAACAUAUCCGGUGGGUCAUAUGCCGUAUGGCUGGCUCACUGAACUCAGAGCUGUUUACCCUGCAUUUGACAAGAAUAGCCCAAGCAACAAGUUGGCCAAAAGUGGUACAGUUGUGAGCAAGUCCCACAUCAGGCGCUUCACUUUUGUUUGUUUGGCUCUUUCUAUAACACUCUGCUUCGUGGUGUUCUGGGCGCCACACAUUUCUGAGAGGAUCCUGGUGGACAUCAUAGGUGUAGACCAUGACUUUGCUGAGCUAUGUGUCGCCCCAUUACGAAUUUUCUCCUUCUUUCCCAUUCCAGUGACAAUCCGUGCUCACUUGACUGGUUGGCUCAUGACCCUGAAGAAGACCUUUGUCCUGGCACCCAGCUCUGUUCUGCGCAUUAUUGUCCUCAUUACCAGUCUCAUAGUAUUGCCUUACAUGGGGGUACAUGGGGCUACACUUGGUGUUGGAUCUCUGCUGGCUGGUUUUCUUGGCGAGUCUACUAUGGUUGCAAUUGCAGCAUGCUAUGUCUACCGAAAACAGAAGAAAAAGAAAGACUCUGAUGAGGACAUGACCAUUGACGGGGAGGAUUCUGCCCCCAUGAACGAGGUCAGGGCCAGGGGGCACAUGGAUGAUAUUGUGGAGUUAAGAGAGGAGGAUGAGGAAGAUUGAGCAGUGAAUUCUGGGCUGAGCAGGAUGCGCUGUGGGAAUCAGGACCCUUUUACUUCAUCAGGCAGUGUUGUAAUUGCUUACUGUCCUCUGCUGCUGCCCUGUCCUUUCUGCCAGCUCACCUUUUCUGUGUGCACACAGUUCAAAUAUAAACGCAGAACAGUACUUUCCAGGUGUCCGCUGCAGCAUAUCGUUGUUUAAAUUGUGACAGUACACACGCAGACAUACUAAUGUGUACAUGUCUUCCAGCUGCCAUCAGGAGAUUCCAGAUGCAGGACAGUGAAGAUAUUGAUUUGUACCAAAGCAAUGUUGUGCAUUAACUCUUAUUUUUCUGCUGAUCUUUAAUGUGCUGCCGUCCUACUCGUUUUAAAUCUUAAAAGGAAAGACAACACUAAAUGCAGUUACUUAAUCUGCUUGGAAUGUAUUUCCUGUUUCUUCUUCUUUUUUACCUCUAAUAUUUAACAGAAAGAAAACACUUGAUAAGAUUUUGAGGUCCAGGGGCCUGUGACCUGUGUUGCUGCACAGCUUUCAAGGACCAACUGACACAUAUUUAUUUUUAUUUUUAUUUUUUUUGUGGCUUUUAUCAUUACAAGAAAUGUCAACAGAGGAUAUAAAUAUACAAUGUAUAUAUGUGUGUGUGUGUGUGUGUCUAUAUAUAUAUAUAUAUAUAUAUAUAUAUAUAUAUAUAUAUAUAUAUAUAUAUAUACACACACAUACACAGUUUUUUUUUAUUAUUAUUUAAAUUUUAAUUUUUUUUGGCUUUUAUCAUUACAAGAAAUGUCAACAGAGGAUAUAAAUAUACAGUGUAUGUAUAUAUAUAUAUAUAUAUAUAUAUAUAUAUAUAUAUAUAUAUAUAUUCAGAUUUUUUUUAUUUUUGGAAUUGAGAAUGAAAUUGAUGCAUAUAUUAGAAAAGAACAGUUUCAGAGUGACAAAUGGUUGGAGUUUAUGGGUAAUCUACACUAAAGGACCUAUUAUUUUUUAAAUAUACCAUAUGUUGUAGUUGUAUAAAAUAUGAUACAUUUUGUAUGGGUGAUGUUGUGAACUCUGUGUAUUUUAGGAAGAGAAAGAAUUGGACAUAUUGUUUUCAUAAUUGUCUAUUACAGUAUUUUGUUUGUUUCUAUUUACAUUUAAUUUGGGCAUUUAUUUUGUAUCUCAGGAUGUUUGUGUUGGAAAAUACACAUUAUGUAUUAUAAAGUCCAAUUAAUGAUCCCUCCCCCUGUGAGCUUCAAGUUUCUCCAUGGACAACAAUGCACGGCUGUGAAGGAUGUCUUAAGCCGGUGUUUGUUUCAUUUAGAUUGUAGUGAAGUCUUGCUAAGCUUGUCCUGUAUUUAAGAUUUCCUGGACAAUGCAAAGCAGAGAAAAUACAUGGUAGAAACAAAGCAUUUAUUACAGUUUGACAAAAGAGUCUCUGUCAUUAAACAGUGAAAUGUGGUUCAAAGUGGUCUACAGUGAGGUUCUUCUGUUAUCAUGUCCAUUAAAAUAAAGAAAAUAAUUUUCGUUACUGUA